GCCAGGUGUGUCUGCCCAGGAGAGCGCACGCAUUGGAUAGCCAGCCCAUCGCCAGGUGAGACCGGCUGCUAAUGGAGCUCUUGAAGACGUGGUUGGGCCAUCCGAAGGAGCUCUACAAACUUACGAAGUUCAAGAUGGGAGGCUACAAGGCAGUGAUGCCCAAGGUGGACGAGGAGUCGCUCAGCGCCAGCCUCCGCACCUGCUACAAGCAUUUGAACCAGACCGGCCGCAGUGUCGCUGCCGUCGUCCGAGCGCUCGACGGAGAGUUGCGCGAUGCCAUGUGCAUCUUCUACUUGGUUCUCCGAGCUGUGGACACGGUCGAGGAUGACAUGACCAUCAAUCUGGAAACCAAGAUCCCCAUGUUACAGAACUUCCACUCCUACCUGUAUCAGCCAGACUGGAAAUUCAUGGAGAGCAAGGAGCAGCACAGACAGGUGCUGGAGGACUUCCCAACGAUCUCCUUGGAGUUCCAGAACUUGGCCAAGGUCUAUCAGGAUGUGAUUGUCGACAUGUGCCGCAACGUGGGCCUUGGGAUGGCUGAGUUUCUGGAAAAGAAAGAGGAUUCCAAGAAGAAUUGGAAUACGUAUUGCCAGUAUGUUGCUCGCCCGAUUGGGAUUGGCCUCUCACGGCUCUUCUCUGCAUCUGAGCUGGAGGAGCCCAUCGCUGGACGCGACAUGGAGUUCGCCAUCUCCGUGGCCUUCUUCCUGCAGAAAACCAACAUGAUUCGAGAUUACCUGGAGGACCAAGUUGAAGGCAGAGAAUUUUGGUCCAGUGAGGUUUGGAGCAAGUAUGUGAAUAAGCUGUCUGAUCUGGCCAAGCCAGAGAACAUCGACAAGGCCGUCCAGUGCAUGAACGAACUCAUCACCAACACGCUCCAUCACGUUCCUGAUGUCUUGAUCUUCUUAUCCCAGCUAAAAAACCAAAGUGUAUUCAAUUUCUGUGCUAUUCUGCAGGUGAUGGCCAUCGCCACUUUGGCUGCCUGCUACAACAACAAGCAGGUCUUCAGGGGCACAGUGAAGAUCCGGAAGGGACAAGCUGUCACCCUGAUGAUGGAUGCCACUAACAUAGACGCUGUCAAAGCCAUCAUGUACCAGUAUGUGGAAGAGAUCAACCAGAAGAUCCCAAGCACUGAUCCUUCUUCCUGCAGAAUUCAACAGAUUAUCACCUCUAUCAAAUCCAUGAGUGUACCCAGCAGUGCCCCCCUCUACCGGAUCCAUUACUAGGGGUGUGCACAGAAAAAAGAUUCAGUAUUUCUGCUUUGGUGAUUCUGAAGUGGGAAAAACAUUUGGAAUCAGUUUCCCGCUUCGGCUUUGGGUAUGCAGAGCUACUUCAGUAUUAUUCGGUAAGCUCUGGGCAUUGUUUCCAAUAGGAAACACUAUUCCUGGCUAUCUAGGGGUCUGGGAGGCAUUUUUUGCACUCUAGCCACCUAGAUAGCUCCCUUGGUUAGCUACCUUACUUUUCCUCAUAGACAAUAAUGGAGAUUGGAGGUGGAUAGGGGCAUCUUUUUUGGGGGGGGGCUAUAAAAUGGCCCCCCAAAGUCCGAUAUUCAUGACACUUGGAGAAUCUUGAGAGGACAGUCAGGUAUAUGUCCCCAGAAAGUUUUGUACAUUUAUUUUGUAAAAUGCCACCCCCUGGAUAUCCCCUAGUUUUCAACAUACAGAAUAAUGGAGAUUGGAGGUGGGUGGGGCAUCUUCUUCAAAGUCUAAUCUUCAUGAAAGUUGGAGGUUGUGAGAUGACAAUUAGGUGUAGGAUCCCAGCAAAUUUGGUAUUAUUUAGUAAAAAAAUGUCUCCCAGAUUCUCCAGUGGUAAUCCCAUUUGCUCAAGAAGAGUUUCAGUCAUAAAGGCUCCUGUAGUGGAACAAAUCCCAAGAAAUGCUAUUUUAUCAUAAACGCAGGCUCAGACAUCUCAGUAUCUGUUGGUUUGAUUACAUCGACAUAGAGUACAAUCAUUGUCAUUUGUUCAAUAUGAUUAACAUCAAGUGUGCAGUCCAGAAUAACUGAGUAGUAUUUGGCUGAGUUUAUACAUGCUAAAAUUUUCUGCUUUAUAGCAACUGCUAGAAGCUGUAUAAGCUCAUUUGGAGUAUCGUUUCCUAAGUAGUGAACCAUUGUUUCUUCAUCUUUAACUCUGCACAAAUGUUCGUUCAUGAUAGGAUCAAAAAGGGAUAAAUGUUUAACAAACUUCAAAAAAUUUCCAUUGUUAGCACUACACCUUUUCACUUGUACCACAGAAUGCCAAGUUCUGUAUGCCAAGAACUCUGACCAAAACAAUCAAACGUUCCAAGAUCUGUUGACAAUAUUGUUCUUUCCUGAUUUUCUGCUAGUUAAUAUAGUUUUCCCUUUAUAUAAGUGCAAUUCUUUGUUGUAAUUAAUUGGAUGUUGUUAAGUGGAUUUGUUCUACUGCAAGAGCCUUUAUGACUGAAUUAAUUGGAUGUUGUACAAAUGAGGUUGUCAUGAUGCUAAAGCAGCCCCCCCCCCUUGCUUAGUAGGUAGCAGUUGAUGUGUUGAUUCCAACAGAGGAGAUACUUUUUAUACUUUGUAUUUUUACUUGACUUAAUUAAGAGUGUAGGCCGGAGUAGGCAUGCCACACAGCCUCCAUUAAUUGCUCUUUACAUUUCUACAUUCCUGAUCUCCUGGUCAGUUGGCAUGCCACACGGGAAGACUCAGGGAGUAGUUUAAAUGUGUAACAAUAAGUCUCUCACCAUUCACAGAGCACAACAUUCCCGUACACUCUAAGUAACAUUCUCCUAUGCUCAGAGGCUCAUGAUGUACCUUUCUUUCCGUUAUACUUCCUAGAUAAGACAAAAGUCUGAUCACAGCAUAAUUUGCUUAGUUGGCUGAGAAUGGAAUGUGUAACUUGUAACUGUUGCUAUAACCAUAUUUGGGCAUCCGGGACUUCCUGAAUACAAACUAAUAAAACUCUCGCCUCCAUCUUUGGAGGGAGAGACUUUGC